AUGGCGUCAUUGGUAACAGUGGCGCGCGCGGGUACUACUGCGAGCACUCAUCGCUCGAGCGGCUUAGCAACGCGGGGAAAGUUUUCUUUCAUGAGAAAAAGUCAAUCACAACAAAAUUUUGCGACGACGAUCCCUAAGAAUAAGAAUAACAGUAAAUCAGGACAACGGCAUUCUUCUGUCGUUCUUCACUCGAGGAUGAAAGUCUCCGCUAAUGCUGCUGGAGGAGAAACAGCAUUUCAGUAUAAAAAACCACGAAUUGACGAAGGCUACAACUGCGUGGUUACAGAGAAAGGGGCGAUUAUUUCCGAAGAUAUCCCCUCGGGAACGUACGAAGUCUCCGCCUGGUGGGGAGGGACGAAGAAAUCGAGAGACGAUAAAGAGGAGGAGUUUUUAGCGCCCAGGUGCGACACGGAGAGACAGAAAGGGUGCGAGGUAAAGUGCGAAGUCGUGGAGGAAGGAUGUUUGGUGUGCGAAGGAUUAGCGGAAGGAACGUAUCGAGUGACCAACGUGAAAGAUUUGAACGAAGAGUGCGAGGUGAGCUACGACGGAACGAGCAUAAGUUGCGACGAAGCCGACGCGGAAACGUUUAACGUGGGCGAUUUGGAAAUGCAGGAGAAAGCGGACGACCAUAGCAUUCGUUUAGGUGGAUAA